AGACUUCUACUACCAGGAUGACCGUGGGUUAGAGCUUGCGCUGUUUCAGGUGCGCCAGGCCAAAGACAAAGACAAACCGGUGGGGCUGGAGGAAGAACACACAGACCUGCGAAUGGCUGUGAAGACUAUCUCGGGCAACAGAGCCGCAGGGUUCUACGAGAAGGUGGGUGGGAGUGGAUGA